GCUAAGCUAGGCUAGUACAAAACUCAGCCAGCUAACCGUUACCCGCUCCCGUUAUCACCUCUCCCGUUAAUGUUCUCCUCCCUCCCAGGUGACCGUUUUAUCCACCAGCACACACCGGUUUUAUUGCACAGUAUUUUUUCUGUGAUAUCGAUCGACGAUCAGGUUGAUCUGAUCUACCGAUUACCCCCCAGCCUGAGCUAAGCUAACAGUUAGCCCACAGCCAAAAUGGCGGACAACGAGGAUGACAGCAAUUUGACCAGAACAAUAACAGCCGCGGAGCCGCCGGGGGCCGCGGGACAGACCUCCGCCCCCCAGAGCACGCAGCCCGGGGAUAAUUUACCUUCAGCGGCCGGCGCCAAGUGCACGCAACCCGGCGAGAGUGUAUCAACAGCGGCCGCCGGGCAGAGCAGUCAUCCCGGGGAGAGAGCACAGACAGUGUCCGGAGCAGAGAGCAGUCAUCCCGGGGAGAGAGCACACACAGUGUCCGGAGCAGAGAGCAGUCAUCCCGGGGAAAAUUCACAACCCAGUUCACAGACGGCGUCCGGAGAAGAGAGCAGCCAUCCCGUGGCAAAUGUCCCGACAGUGUCUGGAGUUCAGCUGGCGGACUUCUUCCAGAGCUGCCCUGAGGAGCAGAGCAUCCUGGUGGGCACAGAGUUCACCGGACUGGGCUCGGAUUUGAGUAACACCACCAUCAUCUACGUGCAGCCAGACGGCAGCCUGGUGGAAGGCUCCGGACUGACGGCGGAGGAGCAGCAGGCUCUGCUGGAGCAGCUCACCAAGCAGCAGAUCGUCCAGGUGUCCGACACCGAGGCGGCCCAGCUGCUGCAGCAGGUCAAGACCAUCCCGAUCCAAAACACUGCCCUGGACCCGAGUCAGCUACAGCAGGUCAUCAACCAGGUCACCAAGUCUCAGCAGCAGCAGCAGGUCACUGUCCAGGUGCCCCAACAGACUGUAAAGCAGCAGGUCCAGGUCCCACAGCAGGUCCAAGUCCAGCAGACCGUGAAGCAACAGGUCCAGGUCCCCCAGCAGAGCGUAAAGACGCCAAACCAGAACAAUGCCUCCCAGCAGCUGAAGAGUGUCGCUCAGCAGGUCGCCAAGCAGACCACCAGCACGGUCCAGGUGCUCCAGAAGAAGACUGAGCCUGUCAGGAUCCAGAUCCAGGUCCCCCCCAAACAGGAAGUGAAGACAAGCUCCGCCCCCCAGCAGAAAACCGUAGCGGUCAGUCACCCACAGGUGAAGCUGUCAGCCAAUGGCAGCGUGAGCAGUGCUCAGAUCAUCCACAUCCAGCCUGUGGUGGGUCAGCAGGGCCAGCAGUUCUACCUGCAGCAGAACCCAGGAGACCCCCCGAUCCAGCUGGUGUUACAAAGCCCCGCCCCCGUGGUCGGAUCCCUGCUCCCAGUGGUUCACAAGAUCACCGGCCAGGUGAAACCAGCAGGUACCACCUCUAGUCCUGCUCAGAAACCUGCAGCAUCCCCCAUCAGAGUCCAGACCCCAUCUGCUGUAAACACCCCGCCCUCCACUGUCUCUAAGACCCCGCCCACUUCCUCUGCUAAAACUGUAAGCAUCCCGAUAAUCAAAAGCCCAGCUAACGGCACAAGGACAGCACCCAGUAAGAGUCCAGUUAAACCUCCCCAAGUACCAGCAACCCCAGUCCAGACCGCCACACCUGCUCCUGCCAAACCUACCACAGUAACCACAACCCCCACAGCCACCCCCCCUACGCCUCAGCCCGCUGCCCUGAAGGAGCGAGAUCGAGACAAAGAGAAGGAGAAGAAGGUAAAGAAGCGGGAAAAGAAGGCAGUGAAGGUCCAGACCCGGUCAGGCCGAGUCUCCAGACCGCCAAAGUACAAAGCCAAAGACUACAAGUUCAUCAAGACCGAGGACCUGGCAGACAGCCACCAGUCCGACUCUGACGACUACUCCGACAUGAGCGUUGAGGAGGAGGGCGAUGGUGAGAGGAAGGGUGGGCCUGUCUCUGGCUCCUCCCCUAACCUCACCUACAGCCACAAGUCCCGGUCCCACCGCUGCCAGACCUGCGACAAGGCCUACAUCGGGCCUGGAGGACUAAACCGCCAUUACAAACUUAACCCGAGUCACGGAGAGCCCGACCUGCCUGACAACCCACCUGACAACAAGCCACACCCUCUUCGAGAGGACAGCCAAUCACAGGAGACAACAUCAGAAGAGGUCAAAGAGGAGGAGGAGGAGGAGAAAAAGAAGGAAGACAAACCUGCUGCCAUGGCAACCAGCAGAGUGGAGGCUGGUCCAGCAGCAGCUGUAGGACUCAGGGGUCUCCAUCACCGAGGCCCUGGCCGGCCCAGAGGACGAGGGAGAGGCAGGGGUAGAGGGAGGGGCCGAGGUCGGGGUCUGGGCCGACCACUGGGACCGCCUCCUAAAGUGACAGUGAGCCUCGGCAAUAGGCGGGGCCGUCGGGGCCGACCUCCAAAACUUGCGGUCGCCACGGUAAGCGCAGAGCAGCAAGCAGAGAGGAGACGAGACCGACUGCAGGAGCUGGUGGAGCAGUGUGAGGAUGAGGAGCUGAUGGACAUCGUUCUUCCUCGUUUGACCAAAGUAAUGAGUCUGUGGGAGCUGCUGCUGUCAAAGGUGGAGCGGGGCGGUCCGUCUCGAGCUCGGUUUCCAGACAUUUACCGUGAGUUCGAGUCCCUGCAUGCCAAAGUGAGACAGGCUGCCCAGGAUUACAUCAUCAGCCCCCAGGUCGGCGCCAUGCCGCUGGAGGUCAGGAACAUCGAGGUGGCUCGGUCUCUGGGGAUCCUGGACGAGGUGAACAGGAUGAAAGUGGUUCCUGGAGCGUCCCCCAGCUCCAGUCUGACCAAUAAGAAUGUCCGAUACAUGGAGAAUUCCAAGAUGCUGCCGCCUUCAAAGAGAUUCAAGAUGGAGAACAGCGUCCCAGUCCACCAGAACGGCAUCGAGACGCCCAAGACAGGAGGAACGCCUUCGACCACCGUGACCCCAGUGACCACGGUCUCCUCCUUUGUGAAGCCGGUCUCCGCUCCUCCUCUGGUGGUUACAGCUGAAUCCAGCGCCGACUCCACCAGCUCCUCUGAUAGGAUGCCUUCCACACCAGCCCCGCCCUCGGACACGCCCAUGGAAGUGUCUCCGGCUGAGGUGCAGAAGAAGGAGCCUCAGACCGGCACCAAGGUAGAGUCGCUACCACAGAGCCAGACCCCGGUCCCGAGCGGCAACAGCACACAGCAGAAGGCUCAGAGUCCUAAGACCACAGCGGACUCAAAGACGCCAGAGUCCAGCUCGGUCCAGAUGCCGGAGUCCAGCUCGGACCAGGCUCAGAAGGACACCAAGGAGCUGCAGGAGGGUCAGGAGGUCCUCAUUCAGACCGAGGGGAUGACGGUCCAGCUGGCGGAGCCUGGAUUAGACCAGAUUGUGAUCGUCAACGGGCCUGACGGGACCACAAUGCACAUCCAGACCCCUGAGGGUGUCCCACUGGAGGCGGUCCAGGCUCUGCUGGGCAUUGAGGCCUCAGAUGGAACCAAGACUUCAGUCUGAUCCUGGUAAAAUCAACUAAGUCCAUGCUACAAAACCUGAAGUGAAACCCAACGCAGGAUAACUUCCUGUUUAACUAACAGGAACAGGAAGACUGGAGCACAGCGGGGGUUAAAGUUGUCUGAAGGUUUGAUGCUGAUGGUUCUGAAACCACGCAGUCUCAUUUUAUUCCAUCAGAAUCAGCAAAACUUUAAAAAAACUCCACUUUCUCAGUCAGAUCUGAACCACAGAGAGAGUGCUGAGGAUCAGACACUUCUGCAGAGCAUUUCUACUGCUGCAUCUAGAAUAUUCCACACAUUUCACCUGACAGGAAAUAUUUCUCUGCCGCUAAAAUAUUCACAACAGUCUGGCUACAUUUUAUAACGGAAACACGACUCAAACUCUAGGAAUAAAAUCAGAUUUACAUGCAGGUCAGGGCAGCAGGGGCUACAGCGCUAACCUGAUAGAGCGGAACUCAAAACGGUGAAUAAAGCAGAACAAACAGGAAUAAAGCUAACCCUAACACUGCUAGCAUAACUCACAGAGCUUCCUUAGCUGCAUAAGCUAUGUAGCUACAGUUAAGCUCACAAAGCAGAUAUGUAUCUACAUAGCUAGGUCAGCUUUAGCAAUGUCUACUGAAGCUAACCGAGCUAUAGAUAACAAAGCUACAGCUUGUGUAGCUCUGUAGAUAAACAAGCAGCUAUGCAAGCUACACAGAUAGGUUAUCUAUGUAGCCUGGUUAUCUUUAACUAAGUUAGCUUCAGCAAAUGUAGCUAAGCUGACUUAGUCUAGAAGACGAGGCUACAUUAGCUACGUGGCCAAUGUAGCUGCUUAGCUAAAUUUGCUGAAGCUAACUAAGCUGUAGAAUACAUAACUCUGUAUCCACAUUAGCUACAUAGCUAUGCACCACUGCUAUAUAUAGCUAUGUUUUGCUACAUUUGCUAAAGCUACCUUAGCUGUAGAUAGUGAAGCUACAGUAGCUCCUCUGUUCUCCUGAGGCUUUUUAAAGUUUUGCUUCUUCCUGAUUCCAUCGAUCUCAGAUUAACGAAGAUUUAAAAACAAUCUAACUCUGACAACUUUAAUCCAAACCGGCGCCACGGCGACCAGGAGAAUCUGGACUUUAAGGUGGAAUUGUUAAGGCGGUAUGGAAUAAACACUCCUUUACCUGGGUGACCACAAACACCUGGACCUGGACCUGGACCUUCAUAUCAACGUGUACCGACUCAAGUCUUAAAACAAGUCUCCACCACUCAUCUAUCUCGGUCUCUCUGGAGGCGGAGCUUGAACACGCCGUCUGGUGUAGCACCCCCCUCUGGAUUAACUGAAUGUUUUAACUGUUGGACACAGCAGCCUGUAGGGGGCGCUGACAGAUCUGCUGAGGAGCUGCUGCCCCCCCCCCAACAAAAGGACUGGCAGUGAGGACGGACUGCUCCUUUAACGCCACACCUGGACGGUUAAGACUCGCUUUGAAAACAGGAAGUUGAGUUUGACAAAGAACGGAGAGAAAAUGGAGUUUUUCUGACAAACAGUGAAACCAGCGAGAAGCUGCUGACGGACGCCUCACGGCAAACGAUCAAAUUUUAACCUUUUAAUUUAGUGUUCCUCAUAUCGACAGUUAAAGUCUGUUAGCCUGAAACAUCGACCCCAACAUGAUCAAUCAUUAACGCAUCACAAAGCUUAAAGGGCCAUUCUGGUAUUUUUAACGAUCCUGACCCGGCUGGCUUUGGUUGCCAGACUGUCGAUGAAAACACGUAAAAAAACACAAACUUUCAGGUGGAACGAUUGAGAUCCUGGUUUGUGAUUGGCUGGUUUCACAUGAGACGGUUUUGAGAUCUUAACUGAACUAAAAACAUGGGAGAGCACAGACACGAGGACCGUUCUGAGGGAUUUAAACAAUCUAAUCCUGAACACGGACUAGACUAGACUAGACGACUCAGACAGACCGCGAGACCACAUGGCUGUAAGAGACCCUCUCACAGUGAAGGACGCUUGGCGUUGUCGGCUGGAUAACAAAGAGAAUAGUGGUGAAAACUUUAUUUUUUAAUUCUCUUCCAUACAGCCAGCUUUACUUCAUAACGGUUUAUCAACCCUCAGGCAUCACCAGAGACAUUUUUGUCCAUUUAGGCACAUUUGUCCUCUUUCUCUGCUCACUAUGUUGGCUGUGUUAGUGCAUAUGGUCUCAUUGUUUGCAGCAAAGUUUCUUUCUAGGCAAAUUUUUUAAUUCAAAUUUCAAUUUCUCUAACAGGUCAGGGGAACACUGAAACAAAUUUACUACCCUUUAAAGCUGUUAAGGACAAAAACGUCCACUUCCAAAAACAGCAAUAAAAA